AUGCUCUCGUUCAUUCUCGCACUGCUGUGUGCCGCGGUGGCAAAUGCUCUACCAACCAUCGAGGCAAAGGGUGCAAAGUUCUUCACCAGCGACGGCGACCAGUGGUAUAUCAAAGGCAUUGCAUACCAACUCACCGCCGAUGACCCGCUUGCCCAAGGCGACCAAUGCCAUCUUGACGCCAGCUUGAUGAAGAGCCUCGGAGCCAACGCCAUUCGUGUAUACCAUGUGGAUCCCACCGCCGACCACGACGCUUGCAUGUCGGCAUUCAGUGAUGCCGGCAUCUACGUCUUUCUGGAUCUUGACACCUUCGACACAUACGUCUUGCCAACCGACCCCAUGUGGAACCAGACGCAAGUCGACGCUUACAGCAAGGUUAUGGACGCUUUCCACAACUACGACAAUGUGGCUGGCUUCUUCGUUGGAAAUGAGGUUCUCAAUGUUGGUGCAGACAGCAAGGCUGCUCCUUACGUCAAGGCUGCUGCUAGGGACAUGAAAGCCUACAGGAACCGUAAGGGCUACCGCAAGAUUCCUGUCGGAUACUCCGCCACCGACAGCGGCGAGCUUCGGCCCAAUCUGCAAAACUACUUGGCUUGCGGAGACAAUGCCUCUGAUGCUCUGGACUUCUUCAGCUUGAAUGCAUACGAGUGGUGUGGCGAAUCUACUUACACUGUCAGCGGCUACUCUGCACUCCAGGCCAAUGCCAGUCACUACAACAUCCCCAUCUUCUUCUCCGAGACUGGAUGCCAGACUGUGCGACCGCGUACCUUUGGUGACCAGGCUGCCAUCUUCGGACCUGAAAUGUCGGGAACCUGGUCUGGUGCCAUCAUCUACGAGUGGAUCGAAGAGACGAACAACUAUGGCCUCAUCUCGUACGGACCUACUGCGGACCCUACCGCCACCGAUGCAGGUGUUGUUGCCGGCUACACAAGAACAGGCACACCGACCCCAAUUUCACCAGACUUCGAGAACCUCAGAAGCGCCUGGGAUGCCGUGUCGCCCUCCGGUGUCAAGAAGUCAGCAUACAGUCCUUCUUUAUCACCACCAGCAUGUCCCAGCUUCACCAGCGGUCUCUGGAACAUCAAUGGCGCGGUGGCGUUGCCGACAGUGGGUCAAGAGUUCAAUGCGGCAGUGUCAUCGAGCUUCGCAGCUGGAGGCACAUCAGGAACCAAAUCCGGUCAAAGCAGCAGCGAGACUGAAUCUGCGGCGGCUACGUCUUCUUCCGGAAGCUCGGCUGUGGAUGUGAAGCAUGGUUUCAGCAGCAGUGGCUGGAGCUUGACUUUUUGUGCGACGGCGAUGCUGGGUGUGGGCAUGAUUGCGGUAAUGUUGUAA